AUGCGGCGCCUACUAACCGGCGAAGUGAAGGGGGCGCUCGCGUUCCGGUUCGCGCCAGCAAGGGUUGAAGAGGUUGGUGGCGCCGCCGAAGGCGACGAGCAAUGGGUGGUGGCAGAAGUCUGGGCGGGCGAGCAUGACUAUUGGGUGCAUGCAUGGUGCCUCCGUGCUGGCGUCAUCACCAGCUUUCAUGAGUACUUCAACACGUCUGUCACGGUUCGAAAGCUAGGCCAGCCAGCUAAGGAGGACGUGGUGUGGGCCAUCUGGGAGAGUCAGUCACCUAGACCCAGGGGCCGCUCCAUGCCAGGCCUAGUGCUUGCCAUAUGA